AGCACGGAACACAAAAUGGCGAAAGUAUCAAGUGAGGUUGAUGUGUUAAAAACACUUGAAAAACUCGAGAAUGAGCAUCAAAGAACUUCAGAAGAGAAAAGCAUGCAAGUCAUCAAAGAAUUGGAAAUAUSUGAACUAGAUGAUAAAGUUCAAGACCUGAAAAAGAGAAAAUUACAACUAAAAAACAGACUGAAAAGAAAAACAUGUCAAAAGCUUGAUGAAUUUGUGAAUAACAUGGAGGAUCUAGAAUAUAUAAAUACUAUAAGCAACCAAGACAAAAAGGUAUGGAGGUUAUUACUUAGAAUUAUUUCAAUCAAGAUAUCAAAAGUUUGAAAAUUGCAAUAUUGCUAGCCAUUUCCACAAAUUUCAUUGUCUGUUAAAUUCAUUCUGUAUUCAAUAUAUGAUAGCAUUCUACAUGUAGCUUAUGAUAUUUGCAUGCAAAGACAGUACUUAAAUGUAAUACAGCUGUCUUGCCAUGAGUUAUGAAGCAACACAGCAUGUCAAUGGGCAAACACAUACAUUGCCAUUUAGAAUGGGACUGAACUAUUACAGUGAGAUGCAACUUAUUGCAUAACUGUUUGAGGAUAAUUUUUUAUAGAUAUCCAGAAUAUUUCUAAACAUUUUUUUUAGAGUAUCACUAUUUAAAGUAUAUUAUAAAUUAUCCAAGCAAGAUGCUAAUUUGUUUUGGGACAGUACACAAUCUCCCAUUAUCMAAUAUUUGAUAAUACACCUAUUUCAAAAAACGCAUGGAACUUGAAAAGAGUGACAAUAAAAUUGAUUUGAAAUCUCACACUUUAAUUCUCAAAAUUGUGAAUAUAUUGUGCACAAAUGAGGCUAACACAGAGCAUUGGAGAAUUCGAAACUGGAAUACUCUCGGUGAAUAUUAUAUUAUUCUCUUUUAACAGUGGCGACUUCCGGUCUCGUCAAAUUUCCUCCCCGAAAGUAACAUCAGGGAGGAAAUAUGACGAGACUGGAAGUCGCCGCUGUUAAAAGAGAC